CGGAUGGUCCCCCUUCGACUUGCACAACAGGUUUUAUAAAUACACCAACCGUGUGCAUAAGCGGCCGAGGUGCGGACCUGGGCCCCUUUCCCCCACUUGCUUUGCCGCGUUUUGGAUUUUCUUUGCUUUUACCGAACACCGAUGAACCCUGCUUGGAACGUCCCUGCUUGGGGCAAAGGAAGGCCGGUUCAACCGGGCUAGUGGGUGACACCCUCACUGACCUCCAGAAACUGCGUAGAGAUUUAUAUUCAUGUCGUUACUGUGCCCUGUUGCCUUCUAAGCAAUCAGAUGGUGUAGAAGAAAGCCUGAACCCUUGAAGAGGGACCCUUGCCCUAAUUCUCCUCCAGGCCAAUACCCUGUGACUCCUUGAAAGAAUAAGCCAACACAAUGGACUGGGGUACCCUGCACACGUUCAUCGGGGGUGUAAACAAACACUCCACCAGCAUCGGGAAGGUGUGGAUCACCGUCAUCUUCAUUUUUCGCGUCAUGAUCCUCGUGGUCGCCGCUCAAGAGGUGUGGGGUGACGAGCAGGAAGAUUUUGUCUGCAACACGCUGCAGCCAGGGUGCAAAAAUGUGUGCUAUGACCACUUUUUCCCUGUGUCCCACAUCCGGCUGUGGGCCCUGCAGCUCAUCUUCGUGUCCACCCCGGCCCUGCUGGUAGCGAUGCACGUGGCCUACUACAGGCACGAGGCCGCCCGCAAAUUCAGGCGAGGAGACAAGCGAAAUGAAUUCAAAGACCUCGAAGACAUUAAAAAGCAGAAGGUCCGGAUAGAGGGGUCCCUGUGGUGGACGUACACCAGCAGCAUCUUCUUCCGCAUCAUCUUCGAAGCAUCCUUUAUGUACGUCUUUUACUUCCUUUACAACGGGUACCACCUGCCCUGGGUGUUGAAAUGUGGGAUUGACCCUUGCCCCAACCUUGUCGACUGCUUUAUCUCGAGACCCACUGAGAAAACCGUGUUCACCAUUUUUAUGAUUUCCGCAUCUGUGAUUUGCAUGCUGCUUAACGUGGCCGAGCUGUGUUACCUGCUCCUGAAAGUGUGUUUUAGGAGAUCAAAAAGAGCACAGACACAGAGAAAUCACCCCAAUCAUGCCCUAAAAGAGAGUAAGCAAAACGAAAUGAACGAGCUGAUUUCAGAUAGUGGUCAGAAUGCGAUCACGGGCUUUCCAAGCUAAACAUUUCAGAGCACGGUGUGGCCGACUCAUAACAAAAGUGGUGUCUUCUCCUGAAGGCAAUGCCCACCUAAAAAUCCCCUCUAUAGACUGAAGACUUUGUCUUUAUAAAUGGCUUUCAUAAUCGAUAGACACUUGCGUUAACUUUUUCUAGAAUAAUUGGUGCAGUAAUACGCAACGUAGUCGAGUAUGUGGUCCGUCUCUGAAAACUAAGACACGAUUGCCACUGUGCCUUGAAGUAACCUUAACACGUUAAAUGGACUGUCUUAGUAGGUGUUCCCCGAAAAUUGUGUAACUGUUGUUGGUAAAGAACAUUUAUCUAGAAAUUGAUACUUUGAUUAGUAAAAGGUAUUUUUAUAGGAUUGGAGGUUUUAGUUCUGACUUUGAAUUCAUAUAUUUUUAUAAUGACUGGUCUCUCUUACCUGGAAAAACAAACGAUGCUAGCGUUAGGACGGUGCCACACGAUCUAAAUUUCGAACUUGUGGAGAGUCCGCCUUGUUGUAAGUAGCGUGUUGUGUGGUCUGCUGACAAAUGUACGAGCUGUCGUGGUACUCUUAAGGUGGACGUUGGUCAUCGUACAACACGUUUUUAUCGCCUUCCGGAUGUAGACAGAGCUGUACGGGGAAGCGGGGCGCUUCUGGAAACUGGCCGAUGUGCAGCCGCGGCGAACGGCCGGAAGCAGAGCGCUCGCCUCAAUAAAGACCAGCCCGUGGCUUACCUUUC